AUGAGUUUCCUAGAGGGUAUGCCAUCUCACCCGCAUCAUAUCGUCAAUCUGGGCAUCAAGCUAUCACCCGGAAGUGGCGGAACAACCGGUGGAUUAACAGAUCCUGGUGCGAACGUUCAGCCACCUCCGGGGACCGAAGCACCGUCCCAGCAACAUCAUCACUUUCAUCCUCAAAGUUACCCGCCGCAUCAUCCUCACACGGCUCCUCAUAUGGCCCCACAUAUGGGCCAUCACAUGGGUCAUCAUCCUAGUUACGCGCGCGAGUUUAUCCUUCGACGAGAACAUGAAAUAGCAACGGCGAGUCCUACCACUCCCGAAAGCGGACUAGGCCUCUUCACGCCGCUGCAUCAUGAUGGCACAGCUGCGACAAUGCAGCAAUUUCCUCAUCAUCCCAGUCAACAUCCACUAGCCGCUACUCACUAUCCUGGACACUAUCCUCAGGACACCAGAUCGCUACCUUCUCAUCACCAGUUUAUCAGCUCGCCACACAUGACGCCGGCUAUCCAUCACCAGCAACAUCCGGCUAUGAACCAUCCAAGUCAUCACAGCGCCUUCUACAAAUUCAUUCCGAGGCCUAACGGCGCCGGCGGCGUCGGCGGCAGCCACGCAGGUACCAUCGGAAGCGGCGGCCAACUUCGCGAGACUACUUGCAUGUGGAUAGACCAAGACCCAGCGUUACCAGAAAAUGGAAGAAAAUUCUGCGGCAAAAUCUUUAAUAAUCUUACCGACAUUGUGUCGCAUCUGACAGUGGACCACGUGGGCGGACCAGAGUGCACAACGCACGCGUGCUUCUGGCAGGGUUGCGCGCGUAACGGUAAGGCCUUCAAGGCCAAGUACAAACUCGUGAAUCAUAUACGAGUGCACACCGGGGAGAAACCGUUCUCGUGUCCGUUUCAAAACUGCGGCAAAGUCUUCGCCAGGUCGGAGAAUCUCAAGAUACAUAAGAGAACACACACUGGCGAGAAACCUUUUAGAUGUGAGUUCAAUGGCUGUGAGAGGAGGUUCGCGAAUAGUAGCGAUCGAAAGAAGCACAGUCAUGUUCAUACUUCAGACAAGCCUUACAAUUGUCGAAUGGCGGGCUGUGACAAGUCCUAUACCCAUCCUAGUUCGCUACGCAAACACAUGAAGGUACAUGGAAUGUCAUUACCGGAAGGUAAAGUAGGAGGAGGAUACGAGAGCGAGGGAGAAGAGAGCAGCAGCAGCGGGGGUAGCUUGUCGGUGACUGGUAACACAGAAUCGCCUCAACCACCUCCGGUUGUCCCAACAAGAACAACAACUAAUCUUCCUCCCACGAAUCGAACCCACGAUCCGUCGAGCCGCGGAGCGACGGAGGUGGCGGAGUGGUACGUUUGUCAGCCACCGACAGUUGGGCCUCAACCAGGGCCCCUACCUGGGCCGCCGCCGCAUCAUCUUGGUCAUCAUUUCAAUCCGUUGAUACACCAUCAAGCAGCCGCUUAUUAG